AUGGUUGUUGCUCAUUUUUUGCUCGCCGCAGCGCUUGCGCCGGCUGCUCUAGCUACCCCCCUCAAGCCGCGUGACGUCGCAUCCUACCAGGGGAAUCCGCUGGCGGACAGACAACUCUUCGCCAAUCCCUUCUACGCCGACGAGAUCAAGAAUCUCGCCAUUCCCAAACUUACCAGUGAUCUCGCGGCCAAGGCCGCCAAGGUCGCAGAGGUGCCCACCUUUGCCUGGCUUGACACCCGCGCGAAGAUCAGUCUGAUGAACAGCACUCUGGCGCAGAUACGCAAGCUGAACCAAGCCGGCGCCAACCCGCCGUACGCCGGCACCUAUGUCAUCUACAACCUCCCCGACCGCGAUUGCUCCGCCAAGGCUUCAGCUGGCGAGCUUGUCAUUGCCGAGGGCGGUCUCGAGAAGUAUAAGAAGGAAUACAUCGACCCCAUCGCCGCGCUAGCCAAGGAGUACUCGGAUGUUCGCCUGGUGUUUGUUUACGAACCUGACGGAUUGCCAAACCUCAUCACCAACUUGAAUGUGCCGAAGUGCGCCGGCGCAGCGGAUGCGUACAAGGAGGGCACCGACUAUGCUUUCAAGACCCUCAACCUCGACAAUGUCGCCAUUUACGUGGACGUGGGCCACGCAGGCUGGUUGGGCUGGGAAGCCAAUCUGAAGCCCACCGCCGACUUGUACAGCCAACUAUACAAGAAGGCCGGCUCCCCAAAGGCGGUUCGAGGCUUGGUCUCGAACGUGUCCAACUACAACGGCUGGAACCUGACGACCGCGCCAUCUUAUACACAGGGCAACAAGCAGUGGGACGAGUCCAAGUUCCACGACGCGCUGACCCCGCUCCUCAAGCAGGCUGGGUACCCGGCAAACUAUCUCGUCGACCAAAGCCGCAGUGGCAAGCAGCCGGGGGGCCGCCAGGUUUGGGGUGACUGGUGCAACGUAAAGGACACUGGCUUCGGCACGAGGCCGAACGUCAAGACUGGCAUUGAUACCCUGGACGCCUUCGUCUGGGUCAAGCCAGGCGGCGAAGCUGAUGGAACAAGCAAUUCUUCCUCAGCCCGUUAUGACGAGAAGUGUAGUUCUGCGUCUUCCCUUAUUCCGGCUCCGGAAGCUGGGACUUGGUUCGAGGAUUACUUUGCGCAAUUGUUGCAGAAUGCCAACCCUGCAUUCUAG